UUUCUAUCCUUUAGAAGGUGAAAGGUGGAAAGAAGCAUGGAGAGACAACAGCUGUUAGCACAGAUGUACAAUGCACACACUCAGAAUGUUCCCGGCAUUGUGUUCUCCAAGUUAUUCCUUGUGGCUUUACCCAUUAUCCAGAUUGCAAUAAGUGUGGUAUAUCUGCACGACUGUCCCCAGCAGACCUACAUCCCACUCUAUAUGAUUGUGUCUGGGGUGUUUGGUCUGCUGCUGGGCAUGCUGUCCUGCCUGUCCUGUCCUAAGCCAAAUGAAAAUGGAGGGCUUUAUGUUCUCACCUAUUUGUGUUCAGUGUGGAACUCAUUGGUCACCCUUUUCCUCUUCUGCUGGUUAAUUGCAGGCAGUGUGUGGAUCUAUUCCAUCUAUCCUGCCAACUACAACAAGACUAGAACUGGACAUCCCUACUGCAACAGGACCCUCUAUCUGUCUGCCUUCUGGACCACCACACUGGUGUAUAUUCUGUUAGCAGGACUGAUGGUAGACCUGUCCCCCUAA